AUGCCUAUACCAACACCUUUACAUAACGACCAUCUCCAUCAUAAUCGCUUGCCUGAAGAUAAACUCCAUUAUGAUUUUGUACUUCUUAAACAUAGAGCUACUGAAAAUUAUACACUUUUAAAUGCAAACCAACAUGCUAUAUAUAAUACUGUAUUAUUUGCAAUUAAUCAUAAUCAACCUGCUAUAAUUUUUGUAGAUGGUCCUGGAGGCUCAGGUAAAAUGUUUCUUUAUAGUGUUCUCUUAGAUAAAAUUAGAUCUUCACGUCAUAUAGUUCUUGCUAUUGCUUCUUCAGGAAUUGUAUCUCUUUUGUUAAAAGAAGGCGUUACUGCACAUUCCCAAUUUAAAAUCCUUUUUGAUUUGUAUAAGGAUUCAAUCUGUAAUAUUCCGCAUAGUUCUGACCUAGCAAUUCUUUUACAACAAUCAACUCUUAUUCUUUGGGAUGAGGCUCUAAUGUCUAAUCACUAUGCUUUCGAAUGUGUAGAUAGAACUCUAAAAGAUUUAAUGAAAGCAUUAAAUCCUGCAUUAAAGCAUAAACCUUUUGGUGGAAAAGUUAUUAUUUUUGGAGAAGACUUUCACCAAAUAUUACCUGUAAUACCAAAAGGAAGAAGAAAAGAUAUUGUAGGCUUCUACUUUGCGAAUUGGCUUUUAGAAAUUGAAGAUCAAUGUCUUCACGAUUUAAUUAAUUUCGUAUAUUCUGAUCUUAAUACUAAUGCAAAUAACUUUCAUUACUUAAUCGACUGUGCAAUACUCGCUUCAAAAAAUACUGAUGUUUCUUUAGUCAAUUCUACAGUAAUGUUCAUUUUACCUG